UUGGCACACAUGCAACUUCAAUAUUGAGGAAGUCGAAAGCGAUACACCAUCACUAGCAGUUCUGACAUCUUAAGAGCCUGACAUUUCGAGCUCUUAGGUAUCAACAUCCGCCAUCAUGGUCAAGAAGCGAGCGUCCAACGGACGUAACAAGAAGGGCCGCGGCCACGUCAAGCCGAUCCGAUGCUCCAACUGCGCCCGAUGCACACCCAAAGAUAAGGCCAUCAAGAGAUUCACGAUCCGAAACAUGGUCGAAUCCGCCGCCAUUCGGGAUAUCUCCGAUGCCUCCGUCUUCCCCGAAUACACCGUCCCCAAGAUGUACCUGAAGCUUCAGUACUGCGUCUCCUGCGCCAUCCACGGCAAGAUCGUCCGGUAUGUUCGCACUGAAAUCCGCCGACAAGGCACGAUUCCACCCAGGAACGUUAAACUAAUGAAUUGGCUCCAGUGUCCGCUCCCGGGAAGGUCGCCGCAACCGUGCUCCCCCGCCACGAGUCCGAUACAACAAGGACGGAAAGAAGGUCACCCCGACGCAGGCUGCAAAGGCUGCCGGUGGUGUCCCGGGUGCUGUCGGUGCGUAAAUGAGGGUGGAGAGGGAAUGACGGAUCAUUCAUCAUUGAGGCGUUGGGUCUCCCAUGUCUGUGUGGGGUUUACAAAAUCUGAUAUUGCACGGCAUGGUUCCUUCAAAAAUGAAUGAGGGAUGGACAUUGCAUGGUUAGCACUGAAUAUGUAAAUUCAUCGCAACUGGCUCAUGCUUGAUGAACCUAUCCAUGUGUGAGUGAUUAUUGGGAUGUGUUGGAGACGCAUUUUGUGAAGCCCAUACCGGAAUCCCGUCUCCCCAUGCACGAAUAAC